UGCGGCUUUUUGAGUCUCUUAAGUUUGUUUUGCGCGGAGCCUUGAGAUUCUCGCUUUUCAUUCUGGGACUGCACUCGCCUGUUCCCAAGCCAACAUCUGCAACCUGCGCCCCACCGCGCCGCCAAUCGCUCAGUCUGCGUGUGUUUUGUGUGCAGCGACCAUAACAAUACUGCUCUUCAGCAACCAACAAACAAUCACCGUCAUUUUCGCACCGUGGCCGGCCGCUUUUAGCAGUGGAAUUCUUACCGGUCCGAUCGCCGAUCGCUGCUCCCACAACCUCUGCGAAAUUUCAUCACACAGACCGCUUUCCCAUGCGUUGUUGAUCCGACUCUUCGCCCACCAUGUCGGGAUAUCCACAGGGCCAAGGCCAAGGCCAGGGCCAUCACGACUACGAUGACGGUUACGGCCAUCAGGGCAACACCGAUUCUUACUACCAAGACGACCAGCAUUAUUAUGACAACAAUGGGCAGAACAACCGGGGUGGCCAACAACAAGGCGACGGGUACUAUGAUGAGUCUGGCUAUUACAACGCAGACCCCAAUAACCCGUAUCACCAGGACGGCGGUUAUUAUGACAAUCACGACCAGUACCAGGAUGACUACUACAACAACGGCAACAACGACGGCUAUUAUGACCAGGGCUACGAUCGCCCCGGUCAAGGGCAGGGCCAGGGCCAACGAAACGGGUCCGAAGAGGAUUCCGAGACGUUCAGCGACUUCACCAUGCGCUCGGACAUGGCCCGGGCGGCCGAGAUGGAUUACUACGGUCGUGGUGAUGAGCGCUACAACAGCUACAAUGACGGCCAAGGUGGUGGCAGAGGAUACCGGCCUCCCUCCUCCCAGAUCUCGUACGGCGCCAAUCGAUCGUCUGGUGCGUCGACUCCAAACUAUGGCAUGGACUACGGGAACGUGCUCCCGGCCGGUCAACGCUCGCGGGAACCUUACCCUGCUUGGACGUCGGACGCCCAGAUUCCCCUCUCGAAAGAGGAAAUUGAGGACAUCUUCCUCGACCUGACCGCCAAAUUUGGUUUCCAACGGGACAGCAUGCGCAACAUGUACGACCACCUGAUGACCCUUCUGGACUCCCGUGCGUCGCGUAUGACCCCGAAUCAGGCCCUUCUGUCGCUGCAUGCCGAUUACAUUGGUGGCGAUAACGCAAACUACCGCAAGUGGUACUUUGCGGCCCAUCUGGAUCUUGACGAUGCCGUUGGGUUUGCCAACAUGAAGGGCAAGAACGGGAAACGGAAGAACAAGAAGAAGAAGGGCGAAGCCGAGAACGAGGCCGAGGCCCUCGAGGACCUGGAGGGUGAUGACUCUCUCGAGGCUGCUGAGUACCGCUGGAAGACUAGGAUGAACCGCAUGUCUCAGCACGAUCGUGUUCGUCAGGUUGCUCUUUACCUUCUCUGUUGGGGCGAGGCGAACCAGGUCCGCUUCAUGCCUGAGUGUCUCUGCUUCAUCUUCAAAUGCGCGGACGACUACCUGAACUCGCCGGCUUGCCAAAACAUGGUAGAGCCCGUCGAGGAGUUCACAUUCCUCAACAACGUCAUCACGCCGCUGUACCAAUACUGCCGCGAUCAGGGAUACGAGAUCUCGAAUGGGGUUUACGUCCGCCGCGAGCGGGAUCACCACCAGAUCAUUGGUUAUGACGACUGCAACCAGCUUUUCUGGUACCCGGAGGGCAUUGAACGCAUCGUGCUUUCGGAUAAGAGCAAGCUGGUCGAUGUCCCGCCCGCAGAGCGCUACGUCAAGCUGAAGGAUGUGGAGUGGAAGAAGGUUUUCUUCAAGACCUACAAGGAAACGCGCUCCUGGUUUCACAUGCUGGUCAACUUCAACCGUAUCUGGAUCCUCCACUUGACCAUGUUCUGGUUUUACACGGCCUUUAACUCGCCGACGCUCAUCACGCCCAAUUACGAGCAGCAGGUCGACAAUCCGCCUCCGAGGGCAGCCCACUGGUCCCUUGUCGGCUUUGGUGGCACUAUUGCCUCCCUUAUCCAGGUGCUGGCAACUCUUACAGAGUGGAUGUAUGUCCCGCGCCGAUGGGCCGGUGCGCAGCAUCUCACCAAGCGUUUGCUGUUCCUCCUCCUCGUUCUCGCCGUCAACGUCGGCCCUGGCGUCUACGUCUUCAUGCCCGCGGCCAACCAGGAAGCAUACCUCGAGAAGCAGAAUGGGCAGAUCGCACUCAUUCUUGGCAUCACACAAUUUUUUAUCGCCCUGGUUACGUUCCUCUUCUUCGCGAUCAUGCCCCUCGGUGGUCUAUUCGGAAGCUACCUGACCAAGAACUCGAGGCGGUAUGUUGCGAGCCAGACUUUUACCGCCAGCUACCCGCGACUCCGAGGCAAUGACAUGGCGCUGUCCUUCGGCAUGUGGGCUGUGAUCUUCGGCGCCAAGUUUGGAGAGUCCUACCUGUUUUUGGCCCUGUCACUCCGUGAUCCCAUCCGCUUUCUCGACAUCAUGGAUACCAGCAGCUGCAUCGGCGAUACCAUCUUGCAGAACUACCUCUGCCCAUAUCAGCCACAGAUCACUCUCGGUCUCAUGAUCUUCACGGAUCUGAUCUUCUUCUUCUUGGACACAUACCUCAUGUACGUUGUCGUCAACACGUGCAUCUCGGUCGCUCGGUCGUUCUACCUCGGUUCGUCUAUCUUGACCCCCUGGAGAAACGUCUUCUCCCGGCUCCCGAAGCGCAUGUAUUCCAAGAUCCUGGCCACCACCGACAUGGCGAUCAAGUACAAGCCGAAGGUUCUGAUCUCGCAAAUUUGGAAUGCUAUUGUCAUUUCCAUGUACCGGGAGCAUUUGUUGGCCAUCGACCAUGUCCAGAAGCUUCUCUACCACCAGGUGCCCUCUGAGCAGGAAGGCAAGCGUACGCUUCGCGCCCCCACGUUCUUCGUCUCACAGGAGGACCAUUCUUUCAAGACGGAAUACUUCCCCAGCCACAGUGAGGCCGAACGGAGAAUCUCGUUCUUUGCGCAAUCGCUUUCGACACCCAUCCCUGAACCCCUCCCGGUUGACAACAUGCCUACCUUCACCGUCAUGAUCCCUCAUUACAGCGAGAAGAUCCUUCUAUCCUUGAGGGAGAUCAUCCGCGAGGAUGAACCGUACUCGCGCGUCACCCUUCUCGAAUAUCUCAAACAGCUCCACCCGCACGAGUGGGAUUGCUUCGUCAAGGACACCAAGAUUUUGGCGGACGAGACUUCUCAGUUUAACGGCGAGGAAGAAAAGGAGGAGAAGGGCACCGCCAAGAGCAAGAUCGAUGAUCUGCCGUUCUACUGCAUCGGUUUCAAGUCGUCGGCUCCCGAAUACACGCUCAGGACUCGGAUCUGGGCUUCGCUCCGCUUCCAAACGCUGUACCGCACAAUUUCCGGUUUCAUGAACUACAGCCGCGCCAUUAAGCUUCUCUACCGCGUCGAGAACCCAGAGGUCGUCCAGAUGUUUGGCGGUAAUUCCGACAAGCUCGAGCGCGAGCUCGAGCGCAUGGCGCGCCGGAAGUUCAAGCUCGUCGUUUCUAUGCAGCGGUACUCCAAGUUCAAGAAGGAAGAGAUGGAGAACGCCGAGUUCUUGCUCCGUGCCUACCCCGAUCUUCAGAUCGCGUACCUUGACGAGGAGCCGCCCCUCAACGAAGGCGAGGAGCCCCGUCUGUACUCUGCCCUCAUUGAUGGUCAUUCCGAGAUCAUGGAGAACGGUAUGCGCCGGCCCAAGUUCCGCAUCCAGCUCUCUGGCAACCCGAUUCUUGGUGACGGCAAAUCCGACAACCAGAACCACUCCAUCAUCUUUUACCGCGGUGAAUACAUCCAGCUCAUUGAUGCCAACCAAGACAACUACCUCGAGGAAUGCCUCAAGAUCCGCAGCGUUCUUGCCGAAUUCGAGGAAAUGUCGACUGACGAGGUAUCGCCCUACACCCCUGGCGUGAAGGCUGCUCCUGUCGCCCCGGUCGCUAUUUUGGGUGCUCGUGAAUACAUCUUCUCGGAGAACAUCGGUAUCCUCGGUGAUAUAGCCGCCGGUAAGGAACAGACCUUCGGCACCCUGUUUGCGAGAACUCUCGCCCAGGUCGGUGGCAAGCUCCAUUACGGUCAUCCUGAUUUCCUCAAUGGCAUUUUCAUGAACACCCGUGGCGGUGUCUCCAAGGCACAGAAAGGUCUCCAUCUCAACGAAGAUAUUUACGCCGGUAUGAACGCCCUGCUCCGUGGUGGCCGCAUCAAGCACUGCGAAUACUACCAAUGUGGUAAAGGUCGUGAUCUUGGUUUUGGUUCUAUUCUCAACUUCACGACCAAGAUUGGAACUGGUAUGGGCGAGCAAAUGCUCUCCAGAGAGUACUAUUACUUGGGAACGCAGCUGCCCCUGGAUCGCUUCCUCUCGUUCUACUACGCCCAUCCCGGUUUCCACGUCAACAACAUGUUCAUCAUGCUGUCGGUGCAGUUGUUCAUGGUUUGCCUGCUCCAAAUCGGCGUUCUCCGGAGGGAGACGAUUCCUUGCGAGUACAACCCGGACGUGCCCAUCACGGAUGCUUUGUUCCCUACGGGCUGCGCGAACACGGACGCGCUGAUGGAUUGGGUGUACCGUUGCAUUCUCUCCAUCUUCUUCGUCUACUUCAUCUCGUUCGUCCCUCUUAUCGUCCAAGAGCUGUCGGAGCGGGGUCCGCUGCGCGCCGCAACCCGUUUCGCCAAACAUCUCGGAUCUCUCUCGCCUUUCUUUGAAGUCUUCGUCUGCCAGAUCUAUGCCACCUCGGUCUCGCAGGACAUCACUUUCGGAGGCGCCAGGUACAUCGGCACAGGACGUGGGUUUGCCACUGCCCGCAUUCCGUUUGGAGUGCUGUACUCUCGGUUUGCUGGCCCGUCCAUCUACUUCGGCAUUCGCACCUUGUUGAUGCUGUUGUUUGCGACGGUAACCGUCUGGCAGGGGGCUCUCGUCUAUUUCUGGGUCUCCCUGAUUGCUCUCGUGAUUUCGCCCUUCGUCUACAACCCCCACCAGUUCGCGUGGACCGACUUCUUCAUCGACUACCGCGACUACCUCCGCUGGUUGUCCCGUGGCAAUUCUCGCUCGCACGCGUCGUCGUGGAUCGCUUUCUGCCGCCUUUCGCGGACGAGGAUCACAGGUUACAAGCGCAAGGCUCUCGGAGACCCGUCCAGCAAGAUGUCGUCCGAUGUACCCCGGGCUGCCAUCACCAACCUGCUUUGGGCGGAGAUCUUGGCCCCCCUCAUGCUUGUCGCGGUGACGCUGAUCCCUUACCUAUUCAUGAACGCGCAGACAGGUGUCAGCAAGUCGGAGACGGAGGCAACUGCCGCGCUCCUCCGAGUCGCUAUCGUCGCCUUCGCCCCCAUAGGCGUCAACGCCGGUGCUCUGGCCGCCUUCUUCGCGAUGGCCUGCUGCAUGGGUCCUCUCUUGAGCAUGUGCUGCAAGAAGUUCGGCUCCGUUCUCGCAGCCAUUGCGCACGCAAUUGCCGUGAUCGUGGUUCUGGUCAUGUUCGAGGUCAUGUUCGUCCUACAGAGCUUCGAUUUCCCCAGCACCCUCCUGGGCAUGAUUGCGGCCAUCGCGAUGCAGCGCUUCGUCUUCAAGUUGAUCAUCUCCUUGACGCUCACAAGGGAGUUCAAGACGGACCAGUCCAACAUCGCGUUUUGGACCGGUAAGUGGUACUCGAUGGGGUGGCACUCCAUGUCGCAGCCGGCUCGUGAGUAUCUGUGCAAGAUCACGGAGCUGUGCAUGUUUGCGGGCGAUUUCGUUCUUGGCCACGUCAUCUUGUUCCUCUUCGCCCCCGUUAUCCUUAUCCCGCAAAUCGACAAGCUGCACUCGAUCAUGCUCUUCUGGCUUCGCCCCAGCCGGCAAAUCCGCCCCCCGAUCUACUCGAUGAAGCAGACCAAGCUUCGGAGGAGACGCGUCGUUCGCUAUGCUAUCCUUUACUUCGUCCUGCUCGUCGUAUUCCUUGCGCUCAUUGUCGGGCCGAUUGUGGCGGGCAAGUACGUCCCGGCGAGCUUGUUUGAGAUGUUGGAGAGCACCAAUUUGGUGCAGCCCACCGGUCUAAGCAACGACGACACGCGCGGCAAGACCGAGACUGGUACUGCCGCGGCAAGCUACUCGGGCGUCUGGACGCCGACGACGGAGUCGUCCAGGGCGACGGCUACGAGUGGGUCUGACAAGAGGGCUCUGUACAUUUGAAGCGUGGACCCGGCGUUUUUCAGGUUGUGAUCUUGGAGGGGGACGAAUAGAAGUGGUUGUUUUGUACACUGUUUAAUAGGGUUGACCAGUCAGACGAGUCUGGCGACUCGGAUCUGAAAGAGGAUACACUAUGCAAGCGUAAU